AUGGAAACAUUGCGAACCCUCGGGCUACGAACUACUCUGUACGAUUACCAGUUGCGAGGGAUUAACUGGAUGUUGAGUAGAGAAUGUCGACAAGAUGGGGAAGGAGGAGAAAACGCAACUCUGAGCACUUGUACAAACGCAUCACUGAACAAAGAAGACUGCUACCUGAUCGAUAGCGAUGGGAACAGGAACAACCUCCACAGCCAACUCAAACCUGACAACGUCAGCAAUCGUUCUAGCACUAAUGAAUUCGUCUACUCAGCUCUCUGGAAGAAAGUGACGGGGUAUGGAGGGAUAUCUCACUACGAAAGCGUGAUCGCAAAAGUCCGGAGGACCUCACGACCUGAACCUAUCUUCGGUGGAAUUCUCGCAGAUGACAUGGGAUUGGGCAAAACAAUACAGGUUCUCUCUCUCAUCCUGUCCAACGAUCCCGAUCGCGCUCUCCGAGCUGACAAGGCUGAAAGUGGAUGCAAGCGAGCAAAGACACUAAUUGUCUGUCCGGUUUCUGUCUUGACAAGCUGGGACUCGCAGAUCGAAAGGCACAUUGAGGAUGGCAAGAUGACCAAGAUGAUACUGCACUCGAAGUACCUGCAAAGAAAUUGCAACGUGUCCUCACGCAGUCUGUCUGAUUACGAUGUUGUUCUUACAAGCUAUGAGACCUUGAGAAAUCUUUAUCAAAGAUGGCUCUUUAAUCGCAAUGCAACACAUGCCAAGAAGGACGGACGACGAUCUUCGAAACAAGACAUCAUCGGAAACCAGAACAUCGACAUCUUCGACAUGAGAUGGUGGCGAGUGAUCCUCGAUGAAGCGCAUUGGAUCAAGAACAGGAAAACAAGAAGUCAUCGAGCUUGUCUGCAACUGACGGCCAUCAACCGGUGGUGUUUGACAGCAACGCCAUUGCAGAAUGAUGUGGACGAUAUCCAGUCUCUCUUGCAGUUUCUUAGAGUGGAACCGCUCGACAAGCUCUUGAAGACACAGGGUUCCCUCGGCAUCACGCGACUGCGGGUGGUGAUGCAGGCAUUCUGCUUGAGGCGAUCCAAGGCUCUCCUCGCUUCUUCUCUUCCUCCUCUCUCCAUCCAGACUCACACUGUCCGUCUCCACGGCCAUCACCUCCACAUGUACAACUUGCUCUUCGAGUCCGCCAGCUCUGUUUUCUUUGCCCUCGACGAGCAUGGAGGAACAGCGGUCAUGAGGAGGUACUCUUCAGUGCUCGAGUGUAUCCUCCGCCUCCGACAGACCUGCUGCUCCUCUCGCGGGGUCUCCCAGCAGAGGAUGGAGAGGGCAAGGUACGUGUUGAGUUAUAUGGAGAGGAAGAAAGCGCAGCAGGCAGGAGACGAGGAGAACGCGACGAAGCUGCUCACGCGGGAGGAGGCGGACAAGAUGUUGGAGAAGCUUUCUGGCAAGGAGGAAACCAUGGAAUGUGUCGUCUGCCUGGAUGACCUCGACGAGGAGACGAAGCGGGUAAUUCGGUCCUGCUGUCACUGCUUCUGCGAGGACUGUGUCAUGAAGCUCCUGGAACUUUCUUCCGGCGGGGACGCUGUCUGUCCCCUAUGCCGCGGCAAAUUUUCAAAGGGCGACGUGUUCUCGGUAGAGCAAACGAGGGAGGCUCAACAGAACCUUGCUCGCAACGCAUCCGACGAGGACGAGGACGGGGAGAGGCAGACGGAUCGGGUGCAAGCGGAAGAGGAGGAGCGGGAAGAGGAGGAGCAGAGGCUUCACCCCAAGAUUCAUGCGCUUCUCCUCGAUGUGCAGGAGGCUCUGCAGGCAGACAAGACAGUCAAGUCCGUCGUGUUUUCCAACUUCCUCUCAUGUUUGGAUGAGAUAGAAAGUGCCAUGAUCGCUGCUGGCAUCCCCAUCUUUCGCAUUGAUGGCAAGACGAGCAUCCUCCAGCGCCGGCGGCUGAUACAAGACUUCGACACUUACCCUCAAGGCGCCCUUCUCCUCCUCAGCACCAAGGUGGGAGGCGUGGGGCUCUCGCUCACCAUGGCGUCGAGAGCUUACAUGAUGGAACCAUGGUGGAACGCGGCAGUUGAUGAGCAGGCGAUGCAUCGGCUCCACCGCAUCGGGCAGACGCGCCCAGUCACCAUCAUCCGCUACAUGUGCCAAGGGACCAUUGAGCAGAAGAUCAUGGAGAUGCAGGAGAAGAAAGAUUGGCUGGGGAAGGCGGCGAUGAUGAGGAUGGAAGCCGACGAGCUGCUGGAAAUGCGCCUGCGGCUGUUCAGGACGCUAUUCCUGAGAUAG